AUGACAUGUGUUCAAAGGAAUCAUAACUGCCAGAACUAUGAUCGUGUGCUUUGCGCAGAACUAAAUUUUCUGGAAGAUGGGUGUAUUGCAAAAGUUGUAGAUGAUCGUAAUUUCGAAUCGGAUCGUCUGGUAUGCUGCUGCACUGAAGAAUGUGAAUUAAUGGGUUUUGUUGUGCAAGCACUGGCAAAAGAUAUUGAAGAGCGUAUUUCGGAAGAACGGGAUUACUGGUGA